GUGAGAGAGUGUGUGAGUGAGCGAGGCGCGCGCACUCCACCAAGCUUGUGCUUUGGGGGGCGGAGUUGAAGGGAAAAGUCUCUCGAGCGCAAACUUCAGCUUCAGUCUCAGUGAGUGAGGAAGCACCGCGGAGAGCGCGUGAAAUACCCCAGCAAUGACCAGCCUGACUGCCCACACGAGGAGAUAUGGAUGGACGCGCGAGAUAUGGAUACUCUGAAUGAGAGACAGUGCGCGCGAGAGGAAAAGCGACGGGGACGCGCUUAAAGUCACUUUUUUGGCUUCUUUUCUUUUUGCUGGACAUUCUGAGAAUCAACAAGGCUGAUUUCCUUGUACGGACUUAAGCAGGACUUACUAUGCCGCGCGCUUACGACCAGUCAAAGUCGGCACUGACGGACUUCUGUCGCGUCCGCGUAAAAUGCGACAGCGAUUAAAACGGACAUCGUGUCAGUUUUCGGAGCUUUCUAAGCGAAGAUAAUGAACAGCACAGCCUUCGCGCCUCGGGACCCCACCAUCCCGGCCAUCAUGUUCAUAUUCGGCGUGGUGGGCAACGUGAUCGCGGUGGUGGUCCUGUGCAAGACGCGCAAGGAGCAGAAGGAGACCACCUUCUACACGCUGGUGUGCGGCUUGGCCGUCACGGACCUCCUGGGCACGCUACUGGCCAGCCCUGUGACCAUAACCACGUAUGUAUACGGCAGUUGGCCCGGCGGAGAGCCGCUGUGCCAGUACUCGGGCUUCGUGCUGCUCUUCUUCUCGCUGGCCGGCCUCAGCUUCAUCUGCACCAUGUCCGUGGAGCGCUACCUGGCCAUCAACCACGCCUACCUGUACAGCCGCUACGUGGACCAGCGGCUCGCGGCGCUCGCCAUCGCCGCCAUCUACGUGACGAACGUGCUGUUCUGCGCGCUGCCCAGCAUGGGCCUGGGCCGCAUCGUGCUCCAGUUCCCGCAGAGCUGGUGCUUCAUCGACUGGCGCACGAACGACAGUGCGCACGCCACCUUCUCCUACAUGUACGCGGGCGUGAGCUCGGCGCUCGUGCUCGUCACCGUGGUGUGCAAUGUGCUGGUGUGCGGCGCGCUCAUCAUGAUGCACCGGCGCUUCGUGCGCCGCACCUCGCUGGGCACGGACUGCGCGCGAGUGCAGGCGGAGUUGCGGCGCAGGCGCAGUUUCGCGCGCAUGGCGGGCGCAGAGAUCCAGAUGGUCAUCCUGCUCAUCGCGACGUCGGCCGUCGUGCUCAUCUGCUCCAUCCCGCUGGUGGUGCGGGUUUUUGUGAACCAGCUGUACCGCCACCCUGAGAAACAGGUGAUAGAGGGCAACCCGGACCUCCAGGCCAUUCGCAUAGCCUCGGUCAACGCCAUCCUGGACCCAUGGAUCUACAUCCUGUUUAGAAAGACGGCCCUCCUGAAGCUUCUCGAGAAGGUCAAGUGCCUUUUCUGUCGGAUGGGUGGGCGGGGCCAUGGGCCGGGCCGCAGGGACUUCCUUUGCGGGGGUGGGACGAACAUGUCCUCCGUGAUUUCACGCGAUUCCCCCACACUGGUGCCACGAGAGUUACGAGAAGUGGUCGCCACCUCACAGACGUACCUGUACACUUCUGACUCAGUGGAAGGGCACAGGGGCAGCAUUGGCUUACCUAGGACUUACCCCUGUCCAGAGCAGGCUCUCCUACAGGACCCGCAGGAGUCAGAUCCUGCGAAUGGACAAAGCUCUGCUGAGAGAGUGAAAGGGCAAGAUGCGGACAUACAAACGCAAGGAACACACUCGAUAGUGCGCUCCCAGUCAGGCAGAUCACCACAUGGGUGCAAGCAGCAGACGCUUCAAGUUACCUUUACGGACGAGACGUUGAACUUGCAAGAGAGAUGCAUAUGAGCCUCGGUUGAGUAGCAUUGUAGAUGUGAAUGCUGACGAAUCAGCAGAAGGGAAACCGCUUAAGAGGAACCUCGCAAGAACUUGCGAAAUGUCCACAAGGACAUGAGAGAUGGAGUGUUCUCAACAAGAGAGACGCAAACACUAAAAUUAGACGCAUGAGCUGACACAGGAUGGGGCGUGUAAGGUUAGCUUGGUGAAGAGAAAAGAGAAGAGAGAUAGGGACAAAGCUAAAUAUCUGUGACAAAGGCAGGGAACACAAAAACUGUGAGCGGAGGCAGGUUGGAGAGAAAGAGAGAGGGUCAUUUCUGAAAACAAGCCUAGUUUUUCUGUAUUCUCUCCAAACUUAAUGAUAUGCUAAAACCACAAUACGAUGAAUGUGCACAUGGCUGGAGGGAGAGUCAGAGUCAGAAAGACAAAAAGACAGAAAGA